AAACCAGCCAAUCACGUGGCGCAGACCAAGGUGAGCAUCGUGCGCAUGUUGCUGUGGGUACUGGAAGACCACGUAGAUCGUCCAGGUUUCGCUUGCUCGUCGUUGUUUCUGUGCUGAGUGGUGUUGUUUUUUUUUUACUGGAGAUGAACAGCGUUGGGGAGGCCUGUACGGAGCUGAAGCGGGAAUACGACACCUGCUUCAACCGCUGGUUCGCCGAGAAGUUCCUGAAGGGGGACCGGAGCGGCGACCCGUGCACGGAGAGCUUCCGGAAGUACCAGCGCUGCGUGCAGGCGGCCAUCAAGGAGAAGGAGAUCCCCAUCGACGGCGUGGAUUUCAUGGGGCCAAACAAGGACAAGCCUGAAAGCUGAUGGAGGACUGCUAUUCUAUAAACAGGUCACACUGAGCGGAAGCCACAAGGCCCACCGAGCAUGCGCAGAAGCGGAGAGGCUGCUGUCGCUAGGUUUAUGGGGUGAAGUCACCCUAAAGGAAUUGUUCUCUUAGAUUUCAGCUUUUCUUUAACUCCACGGCUCUGUUCGGACUUUGUUUGUCACAGGGACGCUUCCAGGCGGGUUUCCGCGGAGGGCUGAGAGCUGCUGGCGGCGCCACAAACCCGUGAACCCUCACUAACCUCAUAAAGGCCUGUCUGCGUGGAUGAAACAGCAGAGUUCUUUAACGAUGCAUUAAAACCACGAAAAUAAGAUGAUUAAAAACUGUUCCGAAGUCAGUAAAAAUGUAAAUGUUGUUUCUUCAUUGCGCAAAUGAAUUAAAGUAUCCGGACAGGACCCGUGUUGCGUUUUGAUUCUCGCAGAUGACGGUGGGCUCAGUCUCAGUAUCACAGACUUUUAAGAUGGCAGACCUCAGUGCAGCGUUUGAUACUGCUGACCAUAGUAUUUUAUUACUGCGUGCCGCAGAUGAUACCCAGCUUUAUCUGUCCGUGAUGCCAGAUGAAACCCAUCAAUUAGUUAAACUGGAGGAAUGUCUUAAAGACAUAA